AUGUCUCCCAAGUCAAUGCGCGCAGUAGUCUUCAAGGGCCCCUAUCAGGUUGCGGUUGAAGAUCGACCCUACCCACAGAUCCGAAAGCCUACCGAUGCCGUGCUGAAAGUGACGUCUACUGCGCUCUGUGGCUCGGACCUGCACUUCUAUCGCGGCCACCUGGAAUGCCCCACGGGCUUUAUCUGCGGGCAUGAGUUUGUUGGUGAGAUUGUGGAGAAAGGAGAUGACGUCAAAGGCUUUGACAUUGGCGAUAAGGUCAUUGUUCCUUUCUUCUCUGCCUGCCAGGAAUGUUAUUACUGCGUGCGUGGCCAAGCGAGCCGAUUCAAGAAAGGUGAACUAUUCGGCAACUCAGCCCCGGCUAACACGAUCGAUGGCGGGCAAGCCGAGUAUGUCCGGGUUCCACUGGCCUCAACGACACUUGUAAAGGCUCCCAGCGGAAUCCCCGAGGAAUUGCUCGUUCUUAUGGCCGAUAUUUUCCCCACUGGCUAUUUUGCUGCUGCCCGUUUCCUAAAGGACCUCAGCCCCCAUGACAAGAAGGAAUUCACGACCGUUGUCAUUGGUUGUGGGCCAGUGGGCAUCUGCGCAAUUACCUGUGCACUCACUAUGGUCAAGACUGUGUAUGCGAUCGACUCGGUGCCCGAGCGCCUUGCUGAAGCGGAGAAAAUCGGUGCCAUUCCGAUCAAUUUGAAUGAUAGCCCAGUGGAAAAGAUCAAGGCAGCGACCGAUGGCCGCGGAGCGGACGUGGCCAUGGAGAUUGUAGGUCACGCCAAUGCAUUCAAGCUUGCAUUCGACCUGGUCAGGCCAUGGGGCAAGAUCAGCUCUGUGGGAGUUCACACAGAGGAAAUCCCACUAAAUGGGCUGUUGUGCUACGGGAAGAAUGUCACUAUGGCCUUUGGAAGAUGCCCUGUGCGAAGUAUAUUUGAGGAGGCCCUGGACGUCCUACAUAGAGAGCAGAGGAAAGUUGGCUUCUUGUGUGGCAAGACCAUGUCCCUUGAGGAUGCGCCGCAGGCAUACAAGGACUUCGAAGCAAGGAAGGUGCACAAGGUUGUUUUUAAAAUUGACAAUGGCGCUAAGGCCCUUGCCUAA